UCGCAAAGAGGCAACGAAUCCCGCCACUUGAGACAUGAGCUCAGCCCCGCGACAUGGGCAUCUCCGAAGGCUCAGAGGAGGAGCUGUCAGGCGAGACGACGAAGCUAUGGCUCUACCUCUUCGCCUUUUGGUCACAGUUCAAACCCUCAGAGCCAUUCCUAGUGGACUACCUGAUUGAGGAGAAGGGCAUUACCAGUCAGCAGGUCUAUCAGAACAUUCUCGACCUUUUCGUGUACUCGCGCUUGCCCUUGGUGAUCAUUGCAGGCUUCUGUGCCGAGUUGGAGUGCUGUGGCUGCCGGGCCGUUCUGCUGGCUGGAGCCUUCUGUGGUGCCGCCACCGUUCUGCUCACGCGCUUUGGGACUGCGCUGUGGCUGCUGCAGGCCUCGCAGUUCACCGUGUCCGCGGCUUUCGCUUCUCGGAUCUCGGUGGCGUCCAUGGCUUUUGCCAUGUCGCUGCCGUCCCGGUUUCAAGAAGCGAUACACACCCUGAAGGCGGUGACACUUUUCUCCAACUGCUGCGCUGCCGCGUUGGGCGAAGUACUUCGGGACAUGGGCAGUCCACUGAGCUUGCUCUUCAACCUGUCCUUCGUUGGGCAGGCGUUGUCGCUGCUCUGCGCUGCUGCCUUGCCUUUGGCUCCAAGGCCUCCAAUCGUUGCCACGCCAACCUCCGCUCACAGAUUAGUGGGCUCCAAUCUGGAUGAGCGCUUGCUCUCCACCGGCUCCAAGAUUGGCGUACUCGGCACCUUCAAGGCGCUGUUGCGCGACUUGUGGCUAUCGCUGUGGCUGCGCCGAGUGAUGUGGUGGACGGCCUGGGCAUUGGUGAUGAAUCCCGUCCACGGCUUGACCCUGACGUACUGGCAGAGCAUGGUGCGCUCAAAGCACAUCCUAAAGGACCACAACGGCUACCUUUCCGCUUGCAUGUACCUGGCAGCAGCCGUCCUGACCUUGCUGGCCGGCAGGGCUGCUGCCAUGCAGCGGGCCACCUCUCUGCUGGUCACUGGCUCAGUGCUGCUAGCAGGGUGGCUGCUGCUGCAAUUGGCCCAAGCCGAUGACACCAGGCAAGUGACCGUGUACGGCUGGAUCCUGCUGUACCAGUGCUUGUUUGAGGCGACCACUGCUGUCGCAACGUUUCAAGUCGGAGCUGAGGUCACCAGAGCCACAGCCGCGAGCCACUCCAAGGCGCUGCAUAGCGCCGAGGUGCGGCGCUUGCCGCGAAGCGUCCGGCUGACACUACUCUUCAGCACGACCACUGUCCUGGUGGCUGCUGCAGAGAGCGGCAUUCUUCUGGUCAUCAACGGCUGGUCAUCCAUGGACACCCGCUUUCACAGCCUGGGCCUGUGCCUUUGCAUAGUUGGCUUCCUGCUGUCUGCCUUUGCCUUCGCCGAGGCUGCAGCUUGGCGGCAGCCCAGCGAGCCUCCAAAGAGUGGCGAGGGCUUGAAGAAUGUUGGCUGAUGAUGAUGAUGAUGAUGAUGAUGAUGAUGAUGAUGAUGAUGAUGAUGAUGAUGAUGAUGAUGAUGAUGAUGAUGAUUGUCGACG